AUGGGUUCCGUUCAAGAAGAAAAGCCGGCGGAAAGUGCAGCUAAGACACACGUACGGGAACUGCGUAACACUGAACUUGUUUCCCGUUUGCUAGCAGCCACGCCGCCGUAUCUUUACAGCGCUUUACCACUUCAACCGCAUGCAUUUUUCUUUAGUGAAAUGCUUAGAUCGUUCGUUAACGCUCGUCAUGGCUGUCGACCACCGCAUUAUCACCGCCGCUUCAAGCGUCGUUCUCAUAAAUACUUUGCUGAAAACGAAACCGAAUGGCGACGUGACUGGACGAAACAGGAGGAGGAUAAGAAGGAACCAGAAAUGCGCCCUGAAGUUCCGCUUGAGCUGACCGUCGAUAAACAACCGAGAUCUUGCGAUCAGUCGCCAAGAAGAUUAUCACCCAAAACUGAAGUUCCUAAGUCAAGUAGUCCUGGACCUCCUGGAAGACAGUCUACAUUUGUCGAUGUCGGUACAGAGGAACUUCCCAAGCCAGCACCUUGUGCUGUGAGGAAUCCAGUUGAGACUAACGCUGUUCCUCCUUCAAAUUUGAUAUUACCGCCUCCACCGCCGAUGUGGUAUCCGCCGCUUUAUAAUCCUCAAUUUGGUGUUGAUCCGUUAAAUUUCUUCAUUGAUUUACGCGUGUCGGGCCAUAUUUAUGACAGGAAAAGAACUAUGACAGAAGCAAUUGAUCCAAACGGCGGCUCUGAAAUAAGGAAUGAUGAAUCUAAUUUGGAAAAGAGACUUGGAAAGGAUUUUGGACAAAAACCUCGUCAUUUAUCUGCUUUCUCAGUCCCCGUUCGAUCAAAUCAUAGUCAAGUUGACGGACCAGACAAAUUCUUUGAGCGCAGUAACAGAUUUUUAGGAAAGCCAAACGGGACGUCGUACAUAAUGAGAAAUUUAAAAAGUGUGUAUGAUAAUCUGCACUCUAUUGAUCAUAAAGAAGAUGUAAAAGACAAAAACGAAGAUACAAAAGGUGAAUCGUCAGAUUUGGAAGAAGACAUUAUGGACUAA